AUGGCUUGGAAAAAGUCAUUAUGGACUUUCCUUGCUUGUUUUAUUAUAGUUUCAUCAUCUUUAACAAAGUACGCUGAAGCAAAUGAAGAAUAUUUGUAUAACGAUGGGAAUUAUAGAAUUAGAUGUUCUGGGAUGUUUGAUAAAGAAUCAAUACCCAAUGGAGUUGCUCCUCUUAUUUUAUUAAAAUAUAAUGUUGAUUCGCUUCAAGAUGCUGCCACAAUUAUUUAUGAAUGGUCAGAUAGAGAUAAAAUAGGUGCUAUUUCACCAGGAGAUGAUAGCAGAACUUAUAUUUGUGACGGAACAGCAAUCGAGAAAAAAUAUUGUAGUAGUGAAGAUCUUGGGCGAAUCAUAGUUAAUAGUAAUCAAACAAAUUAUGAAAUCAUUCGACAGACAUUCGAUCCUGCAGGAGAAGAUUCAUCAAGCCCUAUUAAAUAUGAAGUAAAAAAAUCAGGCUAUUAUUGUGCAGCUGCGUUACCUGUACCACCAACCCAGCUUGGUGAAUUUACUGUUACCGUUGAAUGGCAUAACCCAUAUGGUGAAUUGCCUGCAUCCGAUUAUCCAAAAUUACCAUUUUAUGGAUCUCUAUCAUUAACUUAUUUAGUGAUUGGUUUAUUAUGGAUGACACUUACUGCAAUUCUUUUGUGUUUAGUUGCUGUUUUAAAUGCGGGAAGAAAUUCAAUUUCUUUCUUUAUGCUUUUAAUUGUUUGUAUGGGUUAUGGAGUUGUAAAAUUAUAUAGACUAUUAGUAUUUUCUGUGACAAUAUUAGGUGUAUUCUUUUUCAUUAACAUGUUUAAUUAUAUGCAUCGAGAAGAUCCUGAAUGGAUACCGAGAUAUUGGAGAUGGAGAUGGUUUUUAUUGGAUGGAUGUGACGAAUUGACACAAUACGAUGAAGAUUACGAUUUGGAAAUCAAUAAUUUACGUACAAUGGACAACAUAGGUUAUGAUAAUGUCAAGUAUCGUAAUGCAGGUGGUGGUGAUGGAGAAAAUAGUGAAACGGAUAGAUUGGCUAAUGAUGAAUCCACUAUUUUUGAUAUUGGAGAUGUUGACGAUGAAAGUUAUACUGAUGGCAAUACACCUAGGAAUAGCACUAGCAAUGUUAAAAAGGAUGAAGAUGAUAAUAAAAACGUCGUUACUGGCGAUACUGAUAAACAAACGUAA